GCUCUAUGGGUGUAGGGAGACGAUGGUGUCGCAGAUUAAUAUUUCAGUGGUGAUGAAGCAACGACGUCUCCUGUUCAGUAUUUGAGAGAGUUUGUCAGAAAGCGACUAACAGCUGCUGCUGAAGAAAUACUCUUUGAAAUGUUUCUAUGACAACAGUAUCGUCGAGUACGAAGAAGAAGUGACCGUCAGCGCAGACUGUUGGUUAUCAUUUGAAACCCCGAAGUAAAGUUCCACAUGACAGAGCUCUCACAGCAACAUGUCUGCAAGGAGGAAGAGGUUCUCGCUGAGCAGCAGCUCUGCAAACAGGAGAGGAACUCCAAUCUGGACCAAGAGGACCCAGAGCCUCCACAGAUUAAAGAGGAACAUGAUGAACUCUGUAUCAGUGAAGAGGGAGAGCAGCUUGUACUGAAGCAGGAGACCGAUGCUUUUAUGUUAACUCCUACUUAUGAGGAAAAUGGCCACAGUGAAGUAGAUCGAAACAGUGACCACAAUCUUCUCUCAGAGCUCCCACAGCAACAUGUCUGUAAGGAGGAGGAAGUCCUCACUGACCAGGAGUUCUGUAACCAGGAGAGGAACCAAGAGGAUCCAGAGAUUCCACAGAUUAAAGAGGAACAUGACGAUCUGUGCAUCAGUCAGGAGGGAGAGCAGUUUGUAGUGAAGCAGGAGACCAAUGCCUUUAUGUUGACUGCUACUUAUGAGGAAAGUGACCACAGUGAACCAGAACCAAACAGUGACCACCAGCUCCUUUACCACAACUCUCCUGUAGCUGAGAUUCAAGAUCAGAAAGGAAACAAGCAUGUAGACCCAGGAUCAACUACAAAUGCAGAGCCAAAGCCAAAGAAGAGAUGUCACAAAAACACAAGUCACAAUAACAAUGAAUACAACUCUGCCACAACAGAGACUCACUGUGAUACUCACACAGGUAAAAAGUCUUUAAAAUGUGACAUUUGUGGAAAAACAUUUCAAUUCAAGUCCAAAAUGAUCAUACAUCUGAGAAGCCACACAGGUGAGAAGCCGUAUUUGUGCAAAUCAUGUGGGAAAAGUUUCAGUCAGAAAGCACAUUUGAAUGAGCAUUUGAAAAUCCACAGAGAUGAAAAGCCAUAUUCUUGUGAAACAUGUGGGAAAGGUCUCAGAACUAGUAAAGCCUUGCUGGUUCACGUAAGAACCCACACAGGUGAGAGGCCGUAUCUGUGCAAAUUAUGUGGGAAAAGUUUCAGUCAGAAAUCACAUUUGAAUGAACAUUUGAAAACCCACAGAGAUGAGAAGCCAUAUUCUUGCAAAACAUGUGGGAAAGGUCUCAGAAGCCGGAAAGCUUUGGUGAUCCACAUGAGAAUCCACACCGGCGAGAAGCCGUACUCCUGCCACACCUGUGGGAAAAGCUUCAGUCACAAAUCUUCAUUGAAUGGUCAUUUGAAAAUCCACACAGAUGACAAGUCAUAUUCUUGCAAAACAUUGUAAAAGUCUAGAACUAGUCUUGGUGAUACACAUGAGAACCCAUGCAGUUGAGAAGCCGUACCCUUGCAACACCUGUGGAAAAAUUUUCUCUUGGACAGCACACUUGCAAAGGCACAUUAGAAUUCAUAGAGAUUGAAAGUCGUGUUACAGAACAUGGGUCCACAUGAAAAGAACCCACACAGGUGAAAAGCCACAUCACUGCAACACCAGGGGGAAAAGAUAAUACUUCAGUGUGUCUCAGUUGGGAAAACAUGUAAGAUCACAUACAGGCAAGUAACCUUAUAUUUGCCAAGAGAUGAUUGUUUAUUGACAAAAUGCACAGAUGUGAAAAGCCACAUAAUUGCAGCUGUUGUGAGAAAGGUUUUUCUGAAGUGACAGUUGAAAAAACACCUGAGAAUAAGUUUAUACGGGCGAAAUUAGUGUGAAGAGUUCUCCAACUGAAUUAAAUACACUUUUGCAAUGCAGUACAUUGUCAACAAUGCCAUCAGGUUUUCUUAAAGGUCCCAUAUUGUGGAAAGUGAGAUUUUCAUGUCUUUUUUUAAUAUUAAGCAGGUCUUGGAAAGCGCUCAAUCCACAGAUAAAAUGCACAGAGCCUGUAUUCAGAAACUGUGCCUUAGAACGUGCCAUCAGGACCUCCGUUACUUUGUGAUGUCACAACAAAACAGUCACCGCCGUCAUGCCCCGUUCACCGUCCAGCCUUUCAGAAUUUGGUUUCUCAAAGUGUUUACCUGAAAUUUGCUUUAUUUUUAGUCAGUCUCUAUUAAGCACUCUUAGCACUCCUGUUUGCCCCAUCACCCACUUCCCUGAUGUCCCUGAUGGUCUUGGAUGGAUUCUGCGACCACACUCCCCUGGCAGGCCUCAAAGCACAAUAGCACAGUACUGGCCCGCCUGGAGGGUCUAGCACCCAAGGAGAGAGAGCUGGAGGCAGGGGCAGCAUGCUACACCCCUUUUGCAUUGGAUCUGGACGCUACAUUGCUAUUGCCAGAUGUUCUGGUAGUUUGCACAGAAUCAAGCUUAAGACUCCGGUGUGUAGCUCCACACAAAAUCCAGCUGGAGCAUUUUAGUCAAAAUUUGUUUGGCUCAUUUUAGUGCUGACUGACCAUCACCAUUACUUACUAAACAGUUAGCCAUUCAGAAGAGAGGUUCUGACCCCUUCCUCUGACCAACCUCUUGUUGCUAGAGCUCUAGAGAGAAGCCUGAGAGAGGAGAUGUUAAACGACACUGAGAUGGUUUUUGGCACUUAAAACUACAAAUACAUUUUAUGGAUAUCAAAACACUGAAAAAAGUGAUUAUAUGGGCCCUUUAAACUGGGCUCAUUUUUUCCUUCAUAUGACUGUAAUACCCAUAUUUCUGUUUGCAGCAGUAUUUCUUUGAAACAAGUAUUUGAAGAAUCUUUGUUUCACAGUGAGUGCGUAUUUCCUACAAAUGUAAGAGGUUAACCUCUGAAAUUAAUAGUUUUUUGGUGUUUUUUGUUUGCUUGUUUGUUUUUUGUUUGUUUUUGUUUUUUUUUACAAUUUUUACACUCUACCUCAGUUAUAUUGUGAACUCUGAAGUUGAAGUGCUCUUGGGUCACUUAUG